ACUUAAAAUUAGAUACAAGCCAAUAAUUAAUUAGGGCUUGGUUGUCAGUCCAUAAUUAUACAAGACGUCAAUUAUUAACACCAGGAUCAAAGUGAAUGGUACCUACUUUGUGACGAUAAUCUAUCCCAGCAGCUUGAAGAUAAUUACAGAUGCAAUGAUAGAGCUUGUAUUUUUUUCCAAAUUAAAUCAUUAUAAGAAAUUAUUUCUCUAAGAUUUUGCAAAUGUAGUUUUGAUAUGAUUUAAGAUGUUUGUUUGUCUUGUUUUACGAAUAAGCUGAAAUUAUACAUAAAUACUGCAAGUUCUGCAGUUUUUUCAUCAAACAUGUCUCAGCCAACAAAGCGUCAACGUCUUGAGUUAUCACUUAGUGAUAAAAUCAAGCUCAUCAAGGACCAUGAAUCUCAACCUAAGAUUUCUCAACGUGUGCUUGGUGAGAAAUUCAAAGUUGGUAAGUCAACUGUGGGUGACAUCUUACGCAAGAAAGACUUCUACCUUGAGCAAUUUGAAAAGAACGCCAGUCCCAAGAAAUCCAGAUUCAACAACACGUGCAAGUUUUUCGACAUCAAUGAUGUUGUGUUCAAGUGGUUUUCUACAGCCCGUGCUAAAGGUAUUCCGAUUUCCGGACCCAUUAUCCAAGAGAAGGCUCUUCAGUAUUCAGCGGAAUUACAGAUCCCAGGAUUCAAAGCUUCCAAUGGUUGGCUGGACAGAUGGAAGAACAGAUAUUCUGUGACAGCUUUCAAGAUCAGCGGUGAAAGUGCAAGUGUUGACCCAGUGACAGUCGAAGAUUACAGACAAAGACUUCCUGAUAUCACAGCUGACUACGACCCAAAAGACAUCUUCAAUUGUGAUGAGACCGGCUUGUUCUAUCGUGCUCUACCUGACAAGACUCUCAACAAUAAAGACAUCAUGUGUAAAGGCGGCAAAAGUGCUAAAGAACGACUUACCGUGAUGUUUGCGUGUAGUGCUACUGGUGAAAAACUAAAGCCCCUAGUGAUCGGCAAAUCAAACCAACCAAGAUGCUUCAAGAACAUCAAGAAGACUACUCUGCCAGUUGACUACACAGCUAACAAGAAGGCUUGGAUGACUUCCGAAAUCUUCAACAACUGGAUCCUGGCCAUCAACAACAGCAUGAAAAAACAGAGACGACACAUUCUGAUGUUCCUGGACAAUGCUUCCUCCCAUUCGCAUGAACUGAGACUCAGCAAUGUGAAAUUGAAGUUCCUCCCAGCAAACACCACAUCUGUGCUGCAGCCAUUGGAUCAAGGUGUGAUUCGUGCCUUCAAAGCUCGAUACAGGAAGCUAAUGAUCAAGUCACUCAUCACCAAAAUUGACCAGACCCAAUCAGCAACAGAACUGUGCAAAGAAAUUUCCAUUCUCGAUGCCAUCUACUGGAUAUCAAGAGCCUGGAAAGACACUAAAGACUCCACCAUCCAGAAGUGCUUCAAGCUUGCAGGGUUUCCUAGCCCAGACCAAAAAGACCAAGAAGACCCAUCCAUCAGUGAAGAUGAAGAUGACGACAUCCCACUGAUUCAGCUCGCAAGACAACUGAGGGAAUUGCCAAGUGACUUCGACAGCAACUUUGAUGGUAGUGUUCCAACAGAGGACGAUUCAGAUGACUGGGAGAAGGAUCUUCUCGGCCCUUACCAACGCCAAGAAACUCUGGAAAGUGAUGAUGAAGAAGAAUCAGUCAACGAAACCAGCAGCGAGCCCACAAUGAGUUUAGAGGAAACACUUCAGCAAUUGAGAAAGAUCCACAACCAGACAACAGAGGAAUCCAUCAAGCCCAUGACUGGAGAAAUCAUUCUCCAGCUUGAAGAUUUGGUAGUGAUGAAGCGAUCAAAGACUGCACAGACAACACUGGACAAGUUUUUUAAGUGA